AUGAACCGAGAUUUUGGAUUUAUUUUCCCGAAAGCGGCUGCACCGCCGUUACUUACUCCAGCAGCAGAAAACGCCCAGGGGACGGCUAAGGCCUAUCGGAAUCACGCUCAUGCUCGUACUAUCAAUACUUCUUUUGUGGACAAAGUUAAGGGGCGUGUUGCUCGUCCGGCGGAUGUGCCGGCUCAUGAUUUUUCCGUGCUCCGGCCGAGCUUGGUGGAUAACAAACCUUGUCUCAUCAUCUCUCAGGAGUUCCACCAACGCCAAGUCUGGUCUUUCCACCAUGCCCUACAUGGGCGUCUGCUUCUACGUAAAGGCCACUCGCCUCGAUUUGCCAAUGAUCUAUUUUCGGAACUCAAUGCUUUAUGGCACCCAAAGUGCUCAUGGCAGAUCAUUCCGCUUGGGAGAGGGUUUUUUACUCUCAAGUUUUCUUCGCCGGAAGAUUCGGCUAUAACUUUUGCGAGGACCACGUGGCGGUUGAGCACAAGAAUCUUGCAUCUCCAGGCAUGGGUUCCUAACUUUGACCCAUACAAGGCCGCUUCUACUCUCUCUCAGGUAUGGAUACGUGUGUUUAAUCUUUCUCAUGAAUACUGGCAUCCUGAAGUUCUUUCUGGUAUUGCUCGACAUAUUGGUAAACCUAUUAUUAUUGAUGGGAUUUCUGCUAAUGUUGUUGUUGGUCAGUUUGCUCAUAUUUUGGUUGACAUGGAUGUCUCUGCUGAUGUGUCUGAUGUUCUAGAUGUCAAAUGUGUGGAUAUUGUUUUUUCUAUCGAGUUUGGAUAUAAAAAUCUGACGUAUUUAUGUCGAUCGUGCAAUAUUAUUGGCCAUGCUACUAGCACUUGCAGGAUCUCUAAUCCUGAGAUGAAUGCCACCAAGGAUCCUUCAGCCGAGGAUGCUAAUGGGAAGCCCUCCUUGCCAUCUAGAGAUGGUUGGCGCCGUGUCUCAGCUCGGAAGAAUCCCCCAUACACGAACGCUCAAGCCGAUAACGUCAACAUGAUGAUGGUCCCCAUUGAGGAAGAUAUCCCCGUUACUACCACUGCGACCCCUAUCUCUUUGGGAUGA